AUAAUUCAUUUAUCUUAAUUUAUUUAAAAAAACAGCCUGUCAGGCCAUUUUGCCGUGACCGGUAAUGUGGACUACAAUAUAUUUAUUUAUACAUGUUACUGAUGAGAAGUUUAAACUCCCGCCUCCACCAACGCCAUAACAAACCUCCAUGAACCUCGUGUAAUCUCAUUGGCUGAGCCCUCACUAAGUUCGUUCCUAUUGGCCAGAUCUCAUCACAAGCGCUAUGAUUGGUCGCGGGAUUCAAACCAUCACUGGAGCAGACUUUUAAAACUAUCAACAGAAGGGUGUCGACUGGCUGCUUCGCGAUGUGUGAUUGGAAUUAUCUGGUUUAAAGCCAGGUGUUCUUGUGAGUCACAAUGAGUCAGGGGGGAUUCCUCGUUAUGGAUCCCUCUCCGGAGAAGGUUGCUGAUCAUCAUCCGAGGGGUCAGAUUACAUCUACAUCUUAUUUUGAGAUAAGUCCAGUGCACAAACAGAAGAAGAAAGUGGUUGAGGAAAUUCCAGUUCUACGUCUGAUUCACUUUACACAUUCACCAAAGAUCACCUUUGGUACAGUCAAAUUGGGAACUACCUGUCAGCGGAAGUGUAGAGUUCUCAACCCCAAAGAUCAAACACAGGAGGUAUUCUGUGAAAAGUUUCCAAAGCCAGAAAGUGGAGUGACAUGUUCAGAUGUAAACUUUGUGUUACAACCAGCUGAAAGUUUAGAGGUUGUUCUGUCAUGGACACCAACUCAAGAGGGUAACAUUCGGGAAUUGAUCCAUUGGAAGACAAAUAUUGGAGUUCGUUCUCAGACUGUACUUCUUGGAACUUGUGUUGAUCCCAGCAUAAAGAAAAAGGCAAAAGGCAGGGGCAGAGCACCACUUAGACCACAGAAUGCUCCUCCAAGCUCAGCACCAAAGAGGGCUGUAUCUGUUCCAAGCAAGGCUCCCAGGAGUAAUCUUGGCCCACGAAAAAAUGCGAAAGGAAGAAGUGGUAGUGAAAACAAACCUCCUGUGCAGACUGUACCUAUGCCGGCAGUAUUCAAGAAUCCAGUGAUUGACCCCAAAUUAUUCAAUUUUGCUAAACCGGAUCCUAAUGUAAAAAAAGUUCAGUCGAAAGCUAAAGCAUCAAGGAGGUUUGUAUCAUCCACUUCCAGUCAAGAGAGCAUUGAUACUCCUGUAAUAUUGAACUCCACCGAGAAUUCUGUUGAUUUGGAACAUGUAAGCUGUGGGCCUCUUACAAAUCUCUCUAUGUCAACAAUAGACUUAGAUUGUCCAUCCAACAGGAAGUCAAUUGUCAGAAAUUUGCACCACCCAAAGAGAGGACCUAAGAAUCAUGUUGCUUGGAGAGAUAAAUCAGAUGAUGUAAAAGAAGAAUUAGAUAGGCGGAUGACCUACUGCUUACCUGGUGAAACUGAACUCAUACAAGUAGAGGUAAAAGAAGUGAUUGAUGAGGAAGUAACAGAAGUUGGUGUUGUGGAGGAGGAAGUGUUUAAGUUAGUUUAUGAUGUGUCUAAGGAGGUAAAGCACAGUGGGAGGCAAGAAACUUUAAUUACAGUAGGUCACCCUCAUCUUAAAACACUUGUAUCAAACAAAGACAUGUCAAAAAAGACAAGUUCCAGUCAUUCAGAAAAGGUAUGGACAGAAAAUGAGGUGUUGCCUGAGAACUUAGUACAGCCUACCCCUAUACGGAAACAAACGCUUGCACACACAGCCAGAUAUAAGCUCCGUGAGUGCUUAAAUGAAGAUGAUGACCCAUUUUUGAGAACCAGUGUCUCAGGAGCUACAGUUGGUAAUGAUAAUUUCAAAAGCAUUAUUGGUGGUCGAUUACCACAAUGUGAAAUAGAAUGUUCACCAAUGAGGCGUCAGACAUUUGUUGCUUCAAGUCAGGAAGAUUUCGUAUCCAUUAAAGGUGACAAUUUACCAGAUUGUGAUAAAGUAAGUACACCUCUGAGGCGUCAGACUUACAUAACAUCUAAUGCUGAAACAUUCAGUUCUGUAUGUGAUGGUCAGUUUCCUGCCUGCACUGCUCUGGAAUCUCCUUUGAGGAGGCAGACCUUUGUCAAGGAUCAGAAAGACCAUUUGCGACGCGUCAGUAUGUUUUCGCAAGUUGGUCAUCAGACAGUUGAGCAACAAUAUGACAACUGCUCUAGUCUCAAUAUUAAAUGUGUGGAUUACUCUGACUCAUCUAACACUUCCACACCAACUUUAGGAACAACGCUUCCUUUGGGGUCAACUUCUUUAGACAUGCUUCAAAUGACCCCCAUCACACCUGGUCCUCAAAUGAUUUCUAAUAAUUUUUCAUUCAUAAAAGCUUCAUGUAUGAAUCUUUUGGAAAAGCUAAAAGCUCCUGAGAAGUUUCCAGAAUCUCCCAUGCCAAAUUUCAAUUCAAGCUGGAAAGAAUCUUUAAAUAAAGAAGACACACUUGAUUCACCUCAGUUAGAAAUGUGCACAGCUCCAGGAUCUCCAUCAUCAGAAUAUGAAACAGCCCCUAGUACACCACGAGAACCAGCCUUAGUAAUGGAAGAUUUUAAUGUUACUGUGGAAUUUCCAACACCAAAAAUUGACAAUGCAUUAUCCAGGAUAAGGAAUGUUAAUUUAACAGAUGUUUCUCAAAUCCUAGCACUGGAACUGGCAAAUCAAAAGAAGACAGAUUUGGAGGUCAGUAUGAGUACUGAUAGCCUUGAGAAGACAUUCAAUAAUGAGGAUGAGAGUGAAGAUCAUUGGGAUAAACUUGAUCCAACGGUGUGUAAGAGGUUGAGUCCAGAAACUAUUACAAAGGACUUCCCCAUCAAACAUCCUGAUACUGUAGUAGUUAUUAGAGUAGAUGAUUUUGAGUAUCAGGGAUCUUCAGAAUGCAGAUUAAGUACUGGUACAAUAACCAAAGAAAUUUCAAUGUUACAUCCAGAUGACUUAGUUGUGCUGGAUGAUCAACAUAAUAGUUGUGAAACUAUUGUUAAAGAUUUGCCAACAUUUUCCCCAUCAUCCUUGCCUCAAGUAACAGAUACACAUCACCCAAGAAGGAUGAGCACAACUGGAAUAUCAGGAGGUUCAUCCACCCCAGGGAAUCCCUUGGCUCAUCGUCGUAAGAGUGAGUCUUUCAUCCUUACACCUCAGUCUUAUCAGAGUGAUGCCUUGGAUGAACUCCUUUUAUUCAAAGGCUUCAGUAAGAGUGAAUUCCCAGUGGAGAACAUUCAAGUUGAAGGACAAGUCACAGAUAAAGGGGAUUUUGUCGUGGCUUCGGAAGCCGAUUUUAGCUUUUCACCUCGUGAUGAUCUCCGUAGAUGCUCAACCAGUAUCAAGUCCCUUGCCCCAGAAGAACUAGUAGACCAACGCAGACUCUCUGACAAGUGUCGUCAGCUCUUUCUACAGCCUGAAUGUGAAGAACCUAGUAUACCUGUUUGUCAAAAUUCCAACACAUCUGAUGCCUAUUCAGCACAGUGUCUCAGUACAAUUAUUGAAGUUGAAGAGGGUACAUUUGCCUUAAACAAAACACAUGAUGUUACAUCUAUCAAAAUGAGGGAUGCACUUUUGAAUAAGACUCAAGAUAUACCAAAGAAUAAAGUAACUGAUGCCCUGGUGAAUAUUGAUGACUUAUCUUUAAAUAAAACUCAGGAAAUUCCUGUGGACAAGACGCAGAAUAUGACCAUAAACAAAACACAUGAUAUAGUCUUAAACAAGACUCAGGACAUGCCUUUAAAUAACACUCAUGACUUACCAUUGACUAAGAAUCAAGGCGAGUCGGAGAAAAGGCCGGAUAAUUUCUCCUUGAACAAGAUCCAAGACAUGUUCCAAAAAGAGAAUCAGGAGUCAUCCUCAAAUAAGAUUAAGAAAUUGCAUUUGUGCAAAACCGAAGAUUUGCCCAUAAACAAGACUGAGGAGUUGCCAAUUGUCAGAGCUCAGGAUUUUUCCUUGAACAAGACUGAGGACUUACCCUUGAAUAAUACUCUGGAUUUGUCCUUGAACAAAACCAAAGGCUUGUCUGUGAACAAUAGCAAUGACUUGUCCUUAAAUAAAACCAGAGAUUUGUCCUUGAACAAAACCAAAGGCUUGUCUAUGAACAAUAGCAAUGACUUGUCCUUAAAUAAAACCAGAGAUUUGUCCUUGAACAAGGCUGAGGAGUUGGCAAUGAACAAACUUGAGGAUCUCCCUAAGAAUAAAACUCAGGAUUUAUCUUUGAACAAGAUCAAGGACCUGUCCUUGAACAGGUUUGAAUAUUUGUCCAUGAACAAGACAGAGGACUUGUCCUCAAGUAGAACACAGAUCUUCAACAAGACAAAGAUUUUUCCCGGGGAUGAGAAUCAAGUUUACCUAGAAGAUGAGAAUUUUGAUGUUACUCCAGCAAAUCAUAAUAAUGAUAAGGAAACUAUUACAGGUAGUAGUAAUUGUACAUAUGUAAAAUGUACUGAGGAGAAAGGUAAAGGUAAUACCACAGAAGUACAAGUGACAAAUUCUGAAAUUAAAAAUAUCCACACCCAAGCUGAAUAUGUAGAAAAUAAAAGCCAUUUGAUGAAUGCUGCUACUUCAAAAUCAACCGAUAGUGAAAUAUUUCUCCAGUUUUCCCCACCAUCCAAAGAUCAAAAUACUUCAAAGACACCUGAUGUUCAGAAAGAUGGAGGAGGACUUCUCUUCUUCAAAGUUUCUCCAUCAUGUUCAAAACGACUUCCAGAAGAUCGUCCCAAGGGAUUGUGGUCCAAGCGCAUCAAAGUAAAUCCAACUCCUGCUGUAACGGUCACUGUGUCAUCUUGUAAGUCUUCUGGAAAGAGAAGAAUAAACCCUGGAAAGCCAUCUGUAGUGUCCAGCAAGUAUAAAAGUCCUAGAAAAAUAGUGACAGCUAAAAACAAUGCAAAAUUAAAUCCACUACCAAAAUAUUCCACAGGACCAAGGAAUGACAGCCAGUUAAAGCCUGAAGCUUACUCUUCUGUUUCAAGACCCCUAGGUCCACGAAGAUGUACUUCCAACAUCAAUUUGAGAAGAACAGCCUCAAGUUCUAACGUCGACUCAACCACUGCCGCCAUUGGCCUCAGUACCUCUAUCUCUGCCACUGAUCUCACAUCCACUUCUCGCAAUAGUGAUUCAUUACCUACCAGUAAUGAAGAUUCUGUAUGCCUUCUUCACUCUUCAUCCACUGUAAAUAUUACAGCCUCCACUCGUCUCUCAAAGUCAUCCUCUGCUUCUAGUCUUAACUCCACCUCUACUUCUGCUUUAAGUUUGUCAAAUUCUAAUAAAGGAGUCUACAGGCGACCAGUACUGAAGAAGAGUGUAGGAUUAAGAUUUCCUCAUGCAAAGCUGACACACAUCAAGUCUAACAAAACAACAGUUGUCCACCACCCAAAUCCUUUUGCAGCAAAGAAUAUGUACUAUGAUGAUCGGUGGAUAGAAAAACAAAUCACUGGGUUUACCAAGUGGCUAAAUUUCAUCUUAACCCCACCAGAGGAGGAAGAUGUUGCAUCUAAAGUGAAGAAAGUUGACAUGGGCAAGCUGUGGUCAGAAGCAACAAAGAGCAAGUAUAUUAAAGUUGCACCCACUAAAGAAGUUAUGUCCUUGAGGGCUUACACUGCAAGGCGAAGGUUGAACCGGCUGAGAAGAAAGGCAUGCCAGUUUUAUCAGAGCCCAGAGGUCGUAGAGGUUGUAAUGAAGCUUGAAACAGCAAUAGACAAGAAAAUUUUGGUUAUUCGAAAAGACAGAAUGACCCAUGCUGAUGUUGGUUUGAAGCAGACGAUGCUCCAACUAGUUCUCUGUUACAAUCCUCUUUGGUUACGCAUCGGACUGGAAACUAUAUACGGUGAAUUGCUAGACCUCAACAGCAACAGUGACAUUACUCAUAUUACUCACUUCCUCAUUACCAGGCUAUUGACUAAUCCAGACAUAGCAGCUCAGUAUGCCCAUCCAACAGUUCCUCAUUCCUAUCGUGCUGGUUAUGAGGAGUCCUUAAAAAAUUUCCAACUGAAGAAGUUCUUGAUGUUGGUGUUUUUCUUAGAUCGUGCUAAAACUUUGCGUCUCAUUGAUCAUGAUCCCUGCCUAUUCAACAAGGAGGCUGAGUAUAAGGCAAGCAGAGAUAUCCUGAUUGCCUUUGCCCGUGAGUUUCUUUCUGGCAUUGGGGACAUAACCAAGCACUUGGCUUAUCUGGGCUACACUGUCAGUCACAAACAAACUGUCUUGGAAGAAUUUGAUUAUGCUGUAACAAACUUGCCUGUUGACUUACGCUGUGGAAUUAGAUUGACGCGUGUGAUGGAAAUGCUGACCCAGAACUUCAAUUUGAGCUGUAAGUUACGUGUCCCAGCAAUCAGCCGACUGCAGAAGAUUCACAAUACAGACAUUACAAUGGCUGCUUUAGAGUCGUCAGGCUGUGUUGGAGUUAAGGCCAAGUUCCCAUCCAAGGAUAUUGUAGAUGGUCAUCGGGAACAGACACUCGCACUGCUCUGGACUAUCAUUUUCAAGUUCCAAGUCUCUCUAAUGGUAUCUGAAGACCGUCUGCGUGAGGAGAUAGCCUACCUCCACAGAUCCCUUGUUGUGCACUCUCAACUGGAAGAACCUGCCCGUGCUGGUCUAGGAUUUGUCUCGGAGGCAAUUACAGAAUUAAGCCAGCUACCUAAUAAAGAAUCAGGAACAGUGGACAGUGUACUGGCUUGCCUAAAGUUGUGGGCCCAGUUUUGCUGUGCACUGUAUGGAUUGGAGAUUGAUAAUCUCACUGUGUCAUUUUCUGAUGGCCGAGCAUUUUGUCUUCUUCUUCACCAUUAUUAUCCUGACCUGAUUCCUAUGGACCUUAUCAACUGGCAGACUACACAGAACCUACCAUCUCAGGGAGUUGAUUUGGACAUGUCACUGGAUGACAGCUUCAUUGAAAUGACAUACACAGACACAAGUACUAAAGAAGAUUACAACCGCAGGCUUGCGAAUGAAAAGGACAAUUUUGCUGUUUUCACUGACAAGGUAUCUCAGCUGGAUGGAAUCCCAUUACUGAUCCGAAGCAGUGAUAUGAUUAAUACAAUUCCCGAUGAAAGAGUAACGGCAACCUUCUUGGCAUACUUGUGUGCCCGACUUCUUGAUCUCAGUGAAGAAAUAAAGGCUGCCAGAAUUAUACAGAUGGCUUGGAGGAAACGGCUUGCAGCCAAGAGGCUAGAACAGCUGAAGGUACACACACAAUCCGCUGUUCUUAUUCAACGUUGGUGGCGGUCUGUAUGGGGGCUGAAGCAGAAAGAGAAAUAUGAGAAGGCUGCUAUUGUUCUACAGGCUCACUGGCGCAGGAGAUGUGCUUGUGUGUUGUUACAAAAACUCAAGGAGCAAAAAGAACUGGAGAAGAAGCACCGUGCAGCCCACACCAUUCAGUCAGCAUUCCGUCGUUACAUUGUGGCACGGUAUCUGCGCCAGUCACAGGCAGCCAUAACAAUCCAGCGAGCUUGGAAAACAUAUAUUCAGAGACGGACUUUCCAACAUACUAAGCAAGCUGCUGUUACCAUCCAAACAGCUUUCAGAGCUUGGUAUUGCAGGCAGAAAUACUUAAUUACUAAAAGAGUUGUCACAGAGAUCCAGAGGCAGUACAGAAGAAAACUGUAUGUGAGAAAAAUUAGGCAAGAAUAUAAGCACAAGAUUGAAGCUGUUGUAAAGAUACAAAGACUGUGGCGUACUGUACUAGCCAAGAAGGCAGCACAAAGGACUGCAAGAGAACAAUGGGGAGCUUUUACAAUUACUAAUUUCUUUAGAAUGGUUAUGGAGAAAAACAGGUAUUUGAAACUUCGAAAGGCAACAGUUGUUUUGCAGUCCCAUGCUCGUAGAUUAAAAUGUCAGCAAAAUUAUAGGACCGUGCAAAGGGCAGUUACUGUGUUGCAGAUAAAAUGGAAAGCCACUGUAGAGGCCCGCCAAGUAAGAGAACAAUAUCUUCAGUUGCGUCAUGUUGUUGUCAUUCUGCAGUCUAAUGUCCGCACAUAUUUAGCUAGAAAGCAGUUUAUGAAGCUUCGUUCUGCUGCUGUCAGUAUUCAGUCAGCAUUCAGAAUGAAAAAACAGAGGGAAAGGUACCAAGAACUUCAAAGAGCUGCCAUAUUUUUGCAAUGUCAAUGGAGAAAUAAAAUGAAAAUGGGGUUAGAAAGAAGACGGUUUUUAUUUAUGAAAAAAGCUGCAACUAGAAUCCAGGCAUAUGUAAGAGGUCAUAAUGCUCGGAAACUCUACAAAAAGAAAGUUCAAACCAUCAUACGUCUUCAAAGCUGUUGUCGCAUGUGGAAGGAGAAACAAAAUUACCAAAAGAUUAAGUGUGCAGCUGUCACUCUGCAGGUGUACAUAAGAGAAUGGUUAACCAUGAAAAAGCAAUUUGCACAUUACCAGCAUAUGAGAAUUUCUGCUGUCAUCAUCCAAGCAGCUUGGCGAAGAAAGCAAGAAAGGAAUAAUUUCUUGCAGCUCAAGAGAUCUGUGAUUCUGCUUCAAGCAAAUGUAAGGAAAUGGAAAGCUUUAAAGGAAUUCCGUGAGAAGAGGAGUGCAGCAGUUAUUAUUCAACGUGCAUAUAAAGCCAGAAAAUCCAUGCUAAUUGAGAGGCAGAAGUUCAAAACUCUUAAGCAAAGUACAGUCAUCAUUCAAGCUUCAUAUCGGGCAUAUAAAGAGAGAAAGAAAUAUUUGAAGUCUUGCCGAAGCAUAACCUUAGUACAGGCUGCUGUUCGAGGCUGGUUGAUGCGGUGCCAUUAUGCAAAAUUGAAAAGUGCUGUGGUUACCAUACAGCUCAGGUAUAGAGCUCAAAAACUUAUGCUAGUGAGGAGGAAUAAUUAUGCCAAGAUGAAAAGUGCCACCAUUAAAAUUCAAGCAAUUGUACGGAUGCAUCAAGUUAAAAAUGAUUACCACCACAAACGUACAGCAGCAAUCAUAAUACAGAAGUAUGCACGUAGGUAUGCUGCCCUUAAAGAUUACCAACAUUUUCGUAAGAACACCAAAAUUAUUCAGAAAUAUACUAAGGCUUGGCUGAAAUCACGUCAAGCUCAAAGAGAAUUCCAAGAAAUUAAGAGUGCUACUAUCACAGUACAAGCUCAUUGGCGAGGCUGGCUUGUGAGGCAAAACAUGCAAAGAUUAAGAAGAGCAUGUGUCAUAGUCCAGAGUAAUUUCAGAAUGAAAAAAAAUUAUAAAGCUUACCAAAAAAAGAAAGAAGCUGCUAGUACAAUUCAGAACAUUUACAGGGCUUAUAAACUUGGUAAGGAGACCCGAACAGAUUACUUACUCAGAAAGACAGCGUGUAUCACCAUCCAAACUUACUGGAGAAGGUAUCAAGUUCGACACAGUUAUCAGGUAACUCGUAAGGCAGCCAUUGUAAUUCAGCAACAUUUCCGUGCUGUUCAUCUUGGUCGUCAAGUAUAUUAUGACUAUCAACAGACAAAAGAGGCAUGCACUACUCUGCAGGCAUGGACUCGGAUGCUCCUUGUCAAGAAAAACUUUACUUUGAAGAAAAGUUCUGCAAAGAUAAUUCAACAACACUACAGGGCCAUGGUAGCUUAUAAAGUGGCGAAGAAAGAGUACCAAACUAUUCAAUAUGGCAUCAUCAAACUGCAGUCUUUGUACAGGAUGCACAAUCAAAGGCAGCAAUACCAAAAUAAGAAAUCGGCUGCAAUAGUUAUUCAGAACCACUUUCGUGCCUACAUGGCAAUGAAGACUGCAAAAUCAGUUUAUAAAUCCCAAAAGACUGCUGCAAUUGUAAUUCAAGCUAAGGUCCGAGGUUGGCUGAAGUAUCAAACUUACACCCUCGAGAAGAGUGCCUGUAUUCGAAUACAGUCGUGGUAUCGCUGUCUACUCACACGAAAGGCCUACCUUACUCAGAGAACUGCAGCAACUACUAUUCAGAGGGGUUUUAGGGCUUAUCUGUUGAAAAAACAAGCUCAAAAUCAGUACCUGAUAAUUCGAAAGGCUUCCAUCAUUUUGCAGGCUGCUACAAGAGGGUGUCUGGUGAGAAAAGACCUAAAACAAAAAAACCAUGCUGCUACCAUUAUUCAAGCAAGGUACAGAGGUUGGCAAGAGCAACAGUCUUAUAUGAAGAAGAGUAAGGCUGCUAUUGUCAUACAGCAAUAUCUUAGAAACUAUUCUCUUGGGAAAACAGUUAGAAGAGAAUUCUUAGAGACCAGGCAUAAGAUAGUGCUCCUACAAGCUACAGUCAGAGGCUACCUUGUUCGGAAAGAAAUGAAGGUGAUGCAAGAAGCUGCUGUCAUUAUUCAGAGCUCUUGGAAGAUGUACUGGCAGCAAAAAAAUUAUAGAAAGAAAAGAUGGGCUGUGACUUUGAUACAAAGUGCCUAUCGAAGUUUCUGUUUGAAAAGGGAGGCAGUGAAUAAUCUAAAGAGAACUAUAAGAGCUGUGGUUUGUCUCCAAGCAGCUGUCAAGGGCUACAUUGUACGGAAAAAUAUUAGAGAGAAAACGGCAGCAGCCUGUUGCAUCCAAGCACAUUUUCGAGGAUGGUUCGUGAAGAAGCGGUAUUUAAAACAGAGACAAAGUACUGUUGUAAUUCAGAGAUACUACAAAGCUUACCAGAUUGGCAUGCAAAUAAGGAAGGAAUACCUUUAUCAAUACAAAUGCAUAACUAGAUGUCAGGCUGUUGUUAGAGGUUUUAUUACCAGACAAAAUCUGAAGAAAAAGCUAAAAUCUGUAAGUCUCCUGCAAUCUUGUAUUCGUACUUACCUGGCUAGGAAGCAGUUUCUUCAACAAAAAAAUGCUGCUUUAAUGAUCCAGAAACAUUACAAGUUAUACAGGCUGACACGGGGAAUCCGACAAAAUUACUUGGCUGAACGCUCUUCUGUUAUCGUUCUCCAGGCAGCAGUUCGAGGAUUCUUGAUUAGACAAACCAUGAGACAAAAACAUGAAGCUGCAACUAAGAUUCAAGCAAUAGUUAGAACAUGGUUGGUACAGAAAAGGUACUUAAAGCUGGUUAAAAGUGUGAAAAUCCUUCAGUGCCACUGGAGAGCCACUUUAAUAAUGUGGAAAUACAGAGAAAGUUACCAUAUCAUGAGAGGAGCAGCUAUUACAACUCAGGCCAUUUGGAGAGGUACUCUUGUUAGAAAAGGCAUUAAGAAGCAGCACCAAGCAGCAAUAGUUAUCCAGUCCCAGGUUCGUUGUUACCUACAGUACAAAAGAUAUCAGAGGCUUAAAAAGAGUACAGAAAUAAUUCAACAAUGGUGGAGACACAUUCAGCGUGGUCAAUUGAUUCAGAGGGACUUUGUCAGUAAAAAAGCUGCAACUGUUGUUUUGCAGGCAUCAGUAAGAAGGUUUUUGGUAGUUCAGAAGCUGAAGAAAAUGCAUGUUGCUGCAACAUCUAUACAAGCUUUUUAUCGGUCACAGUGUCAGAGACGACACUUCACGGAACAAAGGCUCAGUGCAGUGAAAAUCCAGAAUUGGUGGAGGGCAAUAAAGAAAAUGGAAGAGCUAAAAUCAAAUUACCAAAUUUUAAGAAAUGCAGCCAUUACAUUGCAAGCAGGUAUUCGAGGAAUGUUAGUACGUCACAAAAUAUCCCAACAACAAAAUGCAGCUGUAAAGAUUCAGUCUUUUGUAAGGAGAUGGAUAGUACAGAGGGAAUAUCAAAAGAUGGUAUCACAAGUUAAGAUCAUUCAGACAUGGUGGAAAUCAGUUCUUGAAAUGCGAAGUCAGCGAGCAUAUCAGGAAAGAAGGAUGGCAGCUGUCAGAUUACAAGCUUAUACAAGAGGAAUGAUAGCUAGAAGAGAGAUAAGACAACAACACUUGGCAGCAGCAAAGAUUCAGUCUCAUGUAAGAUGUUAUUUGGCACAUAAAAAAUAUAAAGUGAUGAGAAGUAAUACCAUCAAAAUCCAGAGGUGGUGGAAAUGGACAAAAGAAUCUUUCAAUUUGUAUGAGAAAUAUCACACUAUCAGAAAGUCAACAAUGUUGCUUCAGGCUUGUGUACGCGGUAUGUUAGUUCGCAGGAGUAUCACUGAGCAACAUAAGGCAGCUAUAGUGAUACAGUCACACAUUCGCUGUUUCUUACUGUCGAGGAAAUAUAAAAAAAUGGUUGUGUCUGCUAUUAAAAUUCAGAGAUGGAUGCAGUCAAUAAAGAAAGUUAGAGAGCAUCAGACAAGGUUCCUAACCAUGAGGAAAGCUGCUGUCACCAUCCAAGCUUCUGUAAGAGGAAUGCUGAUACGGAAGAUGAUUGUACAGCAGGAAAUUGCACAAGUAAAGAUAGCAACAGCCUUCAGAGGAUGGUGUUUAAGGAGAGAGUAUCUGAAGAAAGUGUAUAGUGUGACCAUAAUACAGAGAUGGUGGAGAUCCAUAAAAUUAACCAGAGAUGAAGUUCGAAAGUACUGUGAAAUGAAGAAUGCCAUUAUUACUAUCCAGGCCUUCACUCGAGGGACGGUGUUACGUGCAAAAAUAUCUCGGCAACAUAAGGCAGCAUUAAAAAUCCAAUCUCACGUUCGUGGUUGUAUGGUACGUAAAGAAUACCAUAAGAUGACUCGUAGUGUGCUUGUUGUACAGAAAUGGUGGAGAGGAAUUAAGAAGACAAGGAAGAUGCAUCAGGAGUAUCAAGUGAAGAGAAACGCUGCAAUUUCCCUCCAAAGGCAUUACCGUGGAAUAAUGGUUCGACGAGAAUAUGUAAAGCGGCGUAGAGCUGUCAUUAAAGUGCAGGCAUAUACAAGAUGCUGGUUAGUACAAAAGAAAUAUUCAGAAAAAUUAAAAGCAACUGUGAAUAUUCAAAAGUGGUGGAGAGCUGUGAUCAGAGCCAGGGAGCAGCAAAAAGAGUAUCAGAACUUGAGGUUGGCCUGUGUUAUCUUGCAAGCAUCUGUCCGAGGUAUGCUGGUAAGGAAGAAAAUACUCCAGCAACACAAGGCAGCACUCAAAAUACAGUCAUGUACCCGUCAGUGGUUAAUACGUAGACAGUACUUAAAGAAUAUUCAAAGCACUGUCAUAAUUCAGAAAUGGUGGAGAACCAUCAAGAUGACCAAGACAUUACAUCAUAGGUAUACUGCCGUCAAAAAGGCAACGCUCAUGCUUCAGCCACAUGUACGAGGCAUGCUGGUACGAAGAAAUAUAAGAAAGCAGCAUAUAGCAGCAACUGUGAUUCAGUCUUAUAUUCGAGGUUGGUUUGCUCGGAGACACUGUCGCUGUAAGAUGAAAGCAGUUAUCAAGCUACAGAGAUAUUGGCGUGGGGCCUACAUAACUCUUCGCGCACAAGAACAGUACAUAUACCUGCAAAGGGCUACUGUUAUUCUUCAGGCUGCUUGGAGAAGACGACAGGCAAGAAUUUUGUUCAAGCGCAUCAAAGCUGCUCGCACCAUACAGGCUUAUGUACGUGGAUGGCAAGUUCGCCAAAUGAUCAGAGAGAAGAAAAGACAUAUGUAUUUACAGCAGGUAACAAAGGUUACUGAGGUUCACUUGGCUGCCAUAAAAAUUCAGCGCUUAUUCCGCCGACGACAAGCUAUGGCAAGAGCCCAGCAGACCUUGGAAUCCUUGGUGAAGCUGCAACGGUGGGUACGAACUGUACUUCAGAGAUCAUCUUACUUGAAACAGCGGAAGAGUGCCACUGUCAUCCAGGGAGCUUGGCGAAGAAAGCUGGAGUGCAUGAGAGAGGAGCGUCGUGAAAAGGCAGCCACAAUUCUCCAGGCAGCAUGGAGAGCCAGAGCUGUUCGUAAAAACAUGAAAAGCAAGAAGCUUAAGGAAGUGCGACAAAGAUUGGAGGUUGCAACUAAAGAAGCCACAGACAGUAAGCGUAUUGGGAACAAAACUGACUGUGCCAUUUCAAACCUGAUCAAGUACAGAGAUUUGAAGAGGACUUUAAUAUCAGUCAUGGAUCUUGAUAUAAGCACACGAUGGUCACCUCCAUGCUCUGAGAAACUGGCAGAAGGGGCUGCCUUAAAAGUUAUCAUGUUUCUGCUCAGGUCCUGCAACCGAUCUGUUCCACACAUGCAGAUCCUCAACUGUAUCCUUAACAUUCUGAUUAAUUUAGCCAAAUACCCUUACACAGCACCAUCUGUACACAGGUUGGAGGGAUUAGUCAGGAGCAUCAUCCAGUUACUGACUAUCUACUCCGAAAAGGCCCCAGGAAUCUUCUGCAAAUGUUGCACUCUGCUUUAUAUACUUACUGCAUCUAACCCUCCACAACAGGAUAUGAAGAACCCUAAAGUAACAACAGACCUUAGAAGUAUUAAAUCCCUGAUGAUACGACGUGAGAAUGCCAGUCAACGAGGAAAGCACCCAGUCAAUUACUCACCUCUUCCUAUUUCAAAACUGCCAUCAAUAGCACCUGAAUGGUCUCUGAAACCUGAUGAUAUUAGAGAGUUUGAUGACCCCAUUUCUGCAAUGGUGACACUAUUGGCUCAACUUGGGAUGAAUACAAAGUAAUAAUUGAGUGUAAUAGUAAGAACAAUAUAAGGUUUUGAAUUCCACUUUAGGAAUAUAAUUUUAUUACCAGACUUAGUAGUCUAUGAAUGGAAUAUGAAAUUAUAUUAUGUUCAUUUUAAGUUCAAAUUUUUAUAUGAAGAGUAUUAGUGGACAGUCCUAAUUUUUAUAUGAAGAGUAUUAGUGAAUAGUCCUAUAGUGUAUGGGGAUUACAUGGGGUAAACUGUGGUAUUCUGUUUAACUAAUUGGGUUAUGUUGAUAACACAGAGCACAGGUAUUCCCUGAUUUAGGAUCUCCCUAUCUACAAUAUUUCACCUGAAUGAUGGCAAUGUAUUGAAACCAUCCCCCCUAUUUAUAUGAUGAAAAAAAAAUUCAUGAAUGAUGGUCAUUGUCCGGCCAAUGUGAAAUAUGGAGCACAUCUCUCAUCUCUUGGUGCACUUGUCAGCUGCAGUCUAUCCACACACUGCAAUGUGGCCACCCAGUGCACCACAGCCCCAAGCUUUAUUCCAUGGCGAUGCACAUGCCUGUAAUCGUGUAACUCACCGAUUAAUUAUCAAUGUUCUGUUUACUUUUGUUUUAAGUGAGAGGACAUGACUGACAUUCACAUUUGUACUUUGUUUUGGUGACUUAAGUGAUUUUUUUCUAUAUGAGCAGUGUCGGCCACUAUCAUAGUUUUUAAAUUAUGGUUUGCUCUGUUUUUGUGUUUGUUAAGUGAGCAGUGUAACUUUGAAAAUGUCUGGGAAGGCCAAGGCACCCAGGAAAACCAUGUCUCAAGGUGAAGCUGUGUGGGAGUCAGAGUGACGUCUCUUCUCCACCUUCAAGAGUCCUCUUAUCCUCAAAGGGAAUGUGAUGGCAACCAGGCUUGUUUUUAAUGAGGUGGUGAAUGUUAUUUAAUUGUUUUUAUGUACUGUAUAUUAUUAUUGUAUGCAUUUUAUUUUCGAUGAUAUGUGAGAGAGUGUCGGACUGGCUGGGAAUGUAUCCCAUUGAACCCCAUAUUCUGAUGAUCCUGAUUGUAAUAUUUUGGCCUGCCAUAGGUUUUUCAGCAACAUAAAUUCAUCAUAAAUAGGGGGACUCCUGUAUAUGGGUAAUGGCUAGAAUAAUUUUUUAUUACUGAAGACAUAAACUAACAAUGUGACCAGAUGUUCCUUAUUUUCAAUUUAAACUCAUUCUAGGCUUUUAGUUUGGAGUAAAUAAAAUGAGCUUGUUAAUCUUAAUUAAGUUUUCUCAUUGUGCAUAGUUGUGUAUUCCAACCAUACUGUAUGCCUCGUUGCAUUACAAUAAUGAACUUAUGUUGUAAUUCCUUAAACUUGAUGUAUUUUUAGUUUCUCUAAGUAGGUGAUUUUUUUCCCCUUUGGGAGGGCUAGUUGAGUUGAAAAGGUUUUGUAUAUUGAUACAGUAAAACAGUAAACAGCUUUCCACUCUAAAAUACUGUUAACAAAGAAAGUAAAACCCAUUUUACCUUACUCAUCUGUCAUUAACAUUUUGUAUAUAUUUUUCAAUUAAAGAAUAAAAAGAAUAUAUAUA